UAAUAAGUAAAUUCAAAAUCCAUACAAUUUUAUCAUAGCAAUUUUGGAUCAAGAGUGUGUACUACCCCUCUCUCCAUUUGGUUGAGGAAUGCUUGUCACCUACUCAUCUUAAAACCCUCUAAAAGGUUCCCAUCCCACUCUACUUCUCUUCCUCAUCUCUCUCCCUUUUACUCUCCAUUUUGUAAAAGGGUCAGCUUAUUGGUACACUAAAACUCUCCCUAUUUUAAUGGCUAAUCUUUGAUUUGCUCUAUUUGUUUUUAUUUUUGUCUUUUUCUUUGAAUCUUGAAUGAGUUUGAGUAUGGAGAAGCAUAAAUGCAAGCUAUGUUCAAAGAAGUUUUUAAGUGGAAAAACUUUAGGUGGUCACGUGAGGUCUCAUUUAAUACCUCUACCACUUCCACCUAAGAGUACUCCACCGUUAAAUCAAGAUUCCGGCAGCCGGAGUGAGUCAACUCUAUCACUCUGUUCAUCGGAAAAUCAACAACAUUUGUUGGAACACAUGGAUUUUUACUAUGGGUUGAGAGAAAAUCCAAAGAAAAGUUUCAGAAUGAUAGAUCCUGAGUUUUAUGAAAGUGAAACUGAGUCGGAGAGAAACCCAUCAAAUAGGAAAAGAUUCAAAGGAAGUCCCAACAAGGAGAAAGCAGCUGAUUUUGUGUCAUUGAGUUUGUAUUCAGAUGAAAAGGACAUUGCUAUGUGCUUAAUGAUGCUUUCAAGAGAUGUAUGGAAAAAUUCAAAAUUGAACCAAUGUGAGAUUUGUCACAGAAUUUUCAAAACUUCUCAAGCUUUAGGUAGUCAUAGAACCAUUCACAAGAUCAAGAAUUGCAACAACUACGAACACGAGGCACGUAAAAAUUCAUCAAAGAGGAAACUAGCUAGUGUCAAGAAUGCUCAAAAACUGCAUGAAUGUCCAUUUUGUGGGAAAAAAUUUCAGUCAGGACAAGCACUAGGUGGGCAUAAAAGGUCACAUUUUGUUACUAUGAGUACAUCAACAACAGGUUCUUCUUCAUCAACAACAAAAUUUGGUGAUUAUAGUUUAAUGGAGUACUCAAAUUCAGCUGAUUUCCCAAAUGGAUACAUCGAUCUUAACAUGCCAGCACCAAUGGAAGACAAUGAUUUUAGCCAAGUGGAAUUUCAACAAGAACAAGAAUUUGCAUGAGGGGUUAAAUUAUCAUUUACUAGUAAUUUUUCAGUCUUUUUUUAUGUAAUUUUAGUGAUUUUUCUUGGAUGGGGUUUUGCUUAUUUGUAGAAAAUAGUAACAAUCUUUAGUC